AUGGCUGACAGAUUUCCUUCUCUUGAAGACUUUGACUCUAGUGCUCAAACACAAGGUGACUCUACUUUUGAAGGGGGAUCCGAUGAUUUCUUGAGUCGUGAGAAGGCCCUUUUGGGUGAAGAUGCCGAUCAGUUUACUACUGGCAACGACAAUGCCGCAUUUGUAGAAGAUGAUGAUGACGACUUGUUGGGUGGUAGCGGAGGAGAGGAUGUUCAUCAAUUUGAGAGUUCUUUCCCUGCCAUUGAUACUCGCAAUGAGGGUGUUUCACCGGGCGGACAAAUCACCAGCUCAUACACCAAUUAUCAACCGCAAGGAUCCGACGAGGAAGAACCAGAAGUCAUCAAACAAUGGCGCGAACGUCGAGACCUCCAACUCCAAUCCCGCGAAGAGCGAUCGGAAGAGAAGAAGCAAGAGACCGUCAAGACUGCCCAACAAAAUAUCGAUGAUUUCUACGAGAACUAUAACACUAAAAAGGAGAAGACCGUUGCGCAGACCCGUCGUGAUGCCGAGGAAUUUUUGGCAAGUAGGGAAGACACAUCUGCUGGUGGAACCAGCUGGGAGCGUAUCGCGAAGUUGGUUGACUUGAGUGGAAAGGGUGCUAGUGGUGGUGCAAAUGGCACUGGCAAAGAGAAGUUCCGAGAGCUGUUGAUGAAUCUAAAGAAAGAUGAGAAGGCACCUGGUGCUACCGGAUAUUAG